GCGCCUUCUAGACCCGGGCCGACAGGCCGACUCGCACAGGGGGGAAUACUCAACUUUGUUGCGGUGGUGUAACAGAGACGCUGCGCGUCUAAAGCUGCGAUAAAAUAGUUGUUUUUGACUAGAAAUUGUAAAUGUGAGAUUCUACAUUCUGAACUCAAGACGCACGGUGCACGCCAAGGUCCACCAUGGUGCGUGGAAAGCUGGAGGUGCACGCUUGUUUUUUGGAAUCGAAGGACGACGCUGGAAAGUCCAAAGCCACUUGCAAAUACUGUGGGAAAAUUUAUGUGCCCAACAUAACGCGCCAGAAGAAACACAUUUUACAUGAAUGCAAGCUGGUACCUGCCCUGGUCAGGGCCAGGUAUGCCCCAGAAUUUCCUGUCCCAUCUACAUCCACGCCAUCGACCAGCUCUCAAGCAGAUCCAGACGAUCCAGGUGACGGCGACAGAAUGAGUGUUGAUAACAGUGGGACUGCAACUACAUCUGCAGCGUCCACCUCUUCACUGCAAGGCGCGGACUCAUCACACUCGUCUGGAGGCGGAGGUGUGAAGCGCAAAGCAUCAAUGGACCGAUUCGUCGACCACACUGGACCCCUUUCGAAAAUCGCGAGGCUGAAAAAACGAGUAGGCGCGCAUUGAAACUGCCCCUCCAUUGUUGCUGAGGUUGGAUUGUUUGGCAUGCUUUUAAAGGCUGCGGUUGUCUUGUCAUGUUUUCCUCAAUUCUGUAGAACAGUUCUUACUCACAACGU